UCACUGAACGCACUUCAUAUUUGAUUUGUUAAAUAUUUAAGCAAAACUAGUGAAUAACUUGUUUUUGAUUAAAUUUAUCAUUAAAAAGGCGUAAUGGAUAAAAGCGAAUACCAGAUACAACAUUUUACCUUUUCUGUGGAGCAGUUUUCACUUGAGAGGCGGCAUUAUUUGAAUAAAAUAUUGUCCCUCACUCUGCAAUCAAUAUUAGAGAAGUUAUCCAUGGGCAAUAGCGAGACAAAAGAGUUGUUAUUGCAACAGAAAGAAAAUGUAAAGCACAAAAUGCUGGGCGCUAUGGAGAAACAUUUGUCAGCUAUUGAGGAGAUGGAUCACAAGAAUUUUUCCAUACCAGAUUAUGUCUUAUUAUCGACGGAUUACGGUCACACUAAACAAUACACUGAAGCAGACGAGAAAGAAAUGGAUAAAAAGAUUGCGGAUAUGAAACAACAGUUUUUAGAGAAUUCUGUAAUGAUAGCGUCCCUACAAAUGGAAAAUGAAAAAUAUAAAGAAAUAAGUAAUGAAGUGGAAAAUGAAGAGAAAUUCUUGGAACAAACUCAAACGGUUUUACAAACUAUGGAAUCACAAUGGGAAAAGGUCAAGCAUUUAAUCAAAGAAACCAAAAAUUUGGAAUAAAAGUCAAGGUACGGAAUAUCAGAGAAUUCACCACUUGAAAGCUCGAAUUUAAUUUCAAAAGGGUAUUUAUUUUUUUUAGUUAUAAUACAUAUGUUAGUGAAAAAUUAAGUUAAUUACUAAUUUUUGAUAUCCAAUAACUUAACAUAAAAAUAUCUUUUUAUAAGAAGGUUUACUUUUAAACCAUUUUAAUUAGAAACAAUAGAAAGUUUGCAUGU